AUGGAUAGCCUAGACACCAAUCCCCAGCUCACCGCGGAAUUUGUCAAGUUCCUGAAUGCACAACUGCAAGAUUGCGGGGACCAGCUGCAACGAUUGAACGAGGAGAAUGUUUCCCUCAGGCAGACCCUUCAAGAAAGCGCACCGCAACUUGGCGGCAUCUCUGGCCCUACGGACGAUCAGACCAUUUCUAGUCUGAACGUCGAGAUAGCGACGCUGAAAGAUGAGCUGGCCGCAUUACAAAGAACCGCCGAGGACCAUCGCAAGGAUGCCGCGACGUGGCGCGAACGCCUGAGCAAGGGGCGCGCGCGCUCGGAGACGCAGCGCUCGGUGAGCCCGUUUGAUGCCCAUUUGUUUGAUGAGUUUGUGGGGGAGGACACGGCGUCAUCGGCGUUGCGGAAGCGCGCGAGGGAGGAGGAGGAGGAGGCGGGGCCGUCAAAGGUGCGGAGGGUGGACGACCUGCUGAACGAUGGGUGGUUUUGA